AUGGCCUCUUUCAACUUACCCGAACUCUUGCACAUUCUCAGCACGGGGAUCCAUGACCGCAAGACGCUAUUCAACCUCUGCCUCGUGAGCAAGGCUUUUAACGAAAUCUUUUCGGAGUACUACUACCAAGAACUUUUCUUCUGCGAACGAAACGGUGACUGGCUCUCCGACAAUACUAAGUUCCGCCUGCUGGCAUUAAAUAGAAGAUGCCUUAACCAUGUCAAGCACUUUACAUUCUGCGCCUACGCAGACACAGACUUGAACACGGUCCACCAUGUACAAGCUGCUAGCCACCCGAGCGAGGUUUGCCAGAGUCUAGGAUGGUGGUUAACUGUUAGCAGCCAUGUGACAAUCUUGUUACGCCAUAUGCCUCGUCUAGAGAGUUUCACCUGGGUUGGAUAUCCUCUCGACGUCCAAGUGACCGAGGAACUACAGGUCAACUGUCCGCGCUUGAAGUCUCUCACAGUGGUGGAACCGCAGAACCGCAACCUGAGACAAGGUCUGGAAGUUGAUCUUUUCCAUCUUCCCGUGCGCUCGCCAGACCAAGCACAAUGGCAGUUUCUAACCCAAAGCAGGGCGAGGGUUCCGGCACUGCUCCCAUUCAGAAAUCUCAAGCGCCUACACCUACACCAUAUGUGGGGAGCGGACCUAGGCCUCUGGCGAAAUAUGAUCGUCCAGGUCUUGAUCAACUCGCCGGGCCUGCUGGACUUGGGUCUUUCACUGUCUGGCUCGACCCGUUGGCGACUAUCCAAUUUCAACCUACACCAGAACGACCCGGCACGUCACCCGGCCCACUUCUUACGAGAGCUUUGCAGACUCUACCGCGAAUCGGGCGGCGAGCCCCUGAAGCUCAAAGCUCUGCAUCUCGGCCAUUACAUGUUCGUGUUGCGCGCUAGAAACAGCCCAAGACGAUACCGACCCGAAUUCGCAGACGAGCACGAGAAUGGCGGACACCUGGACGCAUUGGUGGAUAGGUCAAGUGUGCGAGAACUCACGAUGGAUCUUAUCAACGAUGGCGGCUUUCCUGGCGACAUCCCGAACGCACUCAACGGUUAUGACAACGUAUUGUGGUGGCCGACCGCGCCCGGUCCGAUGCCGAAGUUGGAGAAACUCUCCGUCAGGAUGCCGACUAGUUGGUUCGUGAGAUGGGCCAAGCGAGUAACCGAGACGGGGGCGCCACUGAGACAGAUCAGAGUGAACGAGGCAGCGUUUCCUGGCUCGCACAACUACCCCCUGUACCAUGCUCACUCGUCUAAUAUUGCCGUUAAUUGGACUCACCUGCUCGCCUGCAAACCUAAGGAGCUGAUGUUCUUUAGAGCCAGCCGUAAUGCAAUCUCGUUCAACGAAGCAACUGCCUGCAAGUCAAUUCGAUACCUUGCAACUGAUUGCGAACCAUUCUGCAAAGAUGUCAACUUGUUAGCCUCUCGUAUGCCUCAGCUGGAGGGAUUGUAUCUCAUGAGUACAAAUUCUAACCAGCAUCCUGCGCUCUUCUAUGAUGAGUCUGGAGGAGAUAUUACAGAUAUUCAGCAGGAGAAGGCAGAAUGGGAAGCAAUCGUGCGAGAUGUCGCCAACAUUCUCCAUGGUCUCAAGUUCAUGAGAAUCAAUUCAGUUACCUGGCGUAUCGACCGUGAGCUGGGACUAGCUCUUCAUGAGCUGGAUAGAAUGGAGAACGAACGCGUGAUUCCCGACCUGUUUAAGAUUGCAAUCCCGUACGAGUUCGAUGUCGCGCACGCGGCCAAGUUUUGGGUGAGAAACCGGUACAGAGACGAUGACGAGAUGAUGUAG